CCCCCAGCCCCGCAGGCAUGGCCUCCUCUGUGAGGGCGAUGGGGCACCUCCCGCCCUGGCCCCCAGGCCUGGCGCCCAUGGCCUGCUGCUCCCGGGCCGCCCUGCGCAAGUGGCUGCCCAUCCUGGCCUGGCUGCCCCACUACUCCGUGCACUGGCUGAAGAUGGACUUCAUCGCUGGGCUCUCGGUGGCGCUCACGGUCAUCCCUCAGGCGCUGGCCUACGCCGAGGUGGCUGGACUCCCUCCCCAGUACGGCCUCUACUCUGCGUUCAUGGGGUGCUUCGUGUAUUUAUUCCUGGGCACCUCCCGGGAUGUGACUCUGGGUCCCACGGCCAUCAUGUCCCUCCUGGUCUCCACCUACACCUUCCACGAGCCUGCCUACGCCGUGCUGCUGGCCUUCCUGUCGGGCUGCAUUCAGUUAGCCAUGAGGUUCCUGGGCCUGGGGUUCCUGCUGGACUUCAUUUCCUGCCCCGUCAUCAAAGGGUUCACCUCGGCUGCUGCCGUCACCAUUGGCUUCGGGCAGAUCAAGAACCUGCUGGGACUACAGCACAUCCCCAGACAGUUUGUCCUGCAGGUGGACCACAUCUUCCGCAGCCUCGGAGAGACCAGGGUGGGUGACCUCGCGAUGGGGCUCAUCUCCUUGCUGCUGCUGCUGUUGCUGAAGCUGCUGCGCCACCACAUGCCCCCCAUCCACCCCGAGAUGCCCCUCAGUGCACGACUCAGCCACGGGCUGGUGUGGACAGCCACCACAGCUCGCAACGCCCUGGUGGUCUUCUUUGCCGCCGUGAUGGCGUACUCCUUCGAACUGACUGGGUACCAGCCUUUCCUUCUAACUGGGAAGAUAGUCAAGGGCCUCCCUCCAGUGCAGACCCCGCCCUUCUCACUGACCACUGCCAACGGGACAGUCUCCUUCACUGAGAUGGUCCAGGACAUGGGGGCCGGGCUGGCCGUGGUGCCCCUCAUGGGCCUCCUGGAGAGCAUCGCCGUGGCCAAGUCCUUUGCGUCUCAGAAUAAUUACCGCAUCGACGCCAACCAGGAGCUGCUGUCCAUCGGCCUCACCAACGUCCUGGGCUCCCUCUUUUCUUCCUUCCCGGUCACCGGCAGCUUUGGACGGACGGCCGUGAACGCCCAGUCGGGGGCAUGUACCCCAGCAGGGGGCCUGCUGACAGGAGUCCUGGUGUUGCUGUCGCUGGACUACCUGACGGCUCCCUUCUACUACAUCCCGAAGGCCGCGCUGGCGGCUGUCAUCAUCAUGGCCGUGGCCCCGCUGUUCGACGCCCAGAUCGUGCGCACGCUCUGGCGCGUGAAGAGGCUGGACCUGCUGCCUCUGAGUGUGACCUUCCUGUUCUGCUUCUGGGAGGUGCAGUACGGCAUCUUGGCUGGGACCCUGGUGUCCCUGCUGAUCCUCCUGUACUCCGUGGCCAGACCCGAGAUCCAGGUGUCAGAGCAGCCGGUGCUGGUGGUGCAGCCGGUCAGCGGCCUGCACUUUCCCGCCACCGAGGCCCUCCGGGAGGUGCUGGUGAGCUGGGCCCUGGAAGCGUCCCCGCCGUGCUGUGCGAUCCUGGAGUGCAGCCGCGUCUGCAGCGUGGACUACACCGUGGUGCUGGGGCUCAGGGAGCUCCUGGACGACUUCCGCCGGCAGGGCGUCACCCUCGUCUUCGCCGGCCUGCAGGGGCCUGUUCUCCGCAUCCUGGUGUCCGCUGACCUGAAGGGCCUCCAGCACUUCCCCACCCUGGAGGAGGCAGAGAGAUACCUGAGUCAGGAACCGGGGACCCAGCCCUACCACUUCAGCGAUGACUCUGUCCCAGAGCUCAAGGUCGCCCUGUUACAGGCCUAACGGGCCACCGGGGGCGGCUGACAUUUGGAGAGAGUGGCAGAAGGUUCCUGUCGCUGUGAGGCAGGAUGCUGCACUGGCAGGAGGGUCUCGGGGAGCCGGAGCCCGUGACCCGGGAGGAAGGAGCACACGGGCCUAGAGACUCGCAGGUGGGCCUCCCUGGCUUCCUUUGGGGUGAUGGAAGCAUUGCCUCCCCACCAUCUAGGGGAGAGUGGUUUGGAGAGAGCUGGUUAGAAAGGCCCUGGGUGACAGGGAGGAGUGGGGGUGUCGGCCUGCUUCAGGCGGAGUCCUCGCAGCCCUGCACCAUCGGGGAUGGUGGGGAAGGGUGGGGCCGUAUCUCCCGGCGGGUGCUGGUCUCGAAGACGGUAUCUGUGCUGUCCUGGGAGGAACACGUUGUACUGAACAACCUCGUGUCUGCUAAAGAUAAUUUUGUGUUUUUUAAAUUAAAAAAAAAGUAAUAGC